AUGGAGGGCUCCGAGGAGCUAGAGAGCAGCCUCCUGAUACAGCCCUGGGCUUCUGUUUGCUUUGGUGAAUCCACUUUUCUUGCUAAAGUGUGCUUCAGGGAUACUGGCUACAUCCUGUUGAUCUCUGACCUCAGCAGCGUCUGGUAUGAGAGUGCUGACACCGAGGCCGUGAGACAAAGGUCCAAGGAGCUGAACAAGCGGCUGACGGUCCCUGUGUCCUCCUUCUUGCACCGCUUGCGCAGCCUGAUGUCCCCCUUGCUGGCAGGGCAGCUGGACGCCACCACCUCCUUCUCCUGCCAGCACACUGUCAGCAGGCUCAGCCUGCACGUGAAGAGCGAGCUCUUGGGACUGCCCUUCUACUGGGACUUCCACUGCGGCCCUGCUCCCAUGGAAAUG